UUAGCCAGGAGGGUGGUGCUGGGUUUUUCUUUAUCGGCUUGGGUGCGGAAUCGCGGACUGCGCCCCUCCAAUCUGAUCUGGAGAGUGGCUGACUGCGUGUGCAGAGCUCGGGGGGUGUUGGUCUGGGAUUGUGCCAUCAGCUUUGCAAGCAAGUAAGGGAGCGGAAAAGGCCGGGAAAGGCCCUGCCGCGAGCACGCUGCCAAGAGCCCCCAGCAGCAGUUCGGCUUAGGACGCGAGUUGCGGCGCCAUGAGCAAGAUCAGCGAGGCCGUGAAGCGCGCCCGCGCCGCCUUCAGCUCGGGCAGGACCCGCCCGCUGCAGUUCCGGAUCCAGCAGCUGGAGGCGCUGCGGCGCCUGAUCCAGGAGCAGGAGCAGGAGCUGGUGGGCGCGCUGGCCGCAGACCUGCACAAGAACGAAUGGAACGCCUACUAUGAGGAGGUGGUGUACGUCCUAGAGGAGAUCGAGUACAUGAUCCAGAAGCUCCCUGAAUGGGCCGCGGAUGAGCCCGUGGAGAAGACGCCCCAGACUCAGCAGGACGAGCUCUACAUCCACUCGGAGCCACUGGGCGUGGUCCUCGUCAUUGGCACCUGGAACUACCCCUUCAACCUCACCAUCCAGCCCAUGGUGGGCGCCAUCGCUGCAGGGAACGCGGUGGUCCUCAAGCCCUCGGAGCUGAGUGAGAACAUGGCGAGCCUGCUGGCUACCAUCAUCCCCCAGUACCUGGACAAGGAUCUGUACCCAGUAAUCAAUGGGGGUGUCCCUGAGACCACGGAGCUGCUCAAGGAGAGGUUCGACCAUAUCCUGUACACGGGCAGCACGGGGGUGGGGAAGAUCAUCAUGACGGCUGCUGCCAAGCACCUGACCCCUGUCACGCUGGAGCUGGGAGGGAAGAGUCCCUGCUACGUGGACAAGAACUGUGACCUGGACGUGGCCUGCCGACGCAUCGCCUGGGGGAAAUUCAUGAACAGUGGCCAGACCUGUGUGGCCCCUGACUACAUGCUCUGUGACCCCUCGAUCCAGAACCAAAUUGUGGAGAAGCUCAAGAAGUCACUGAAAGAGUUCUACGGGGAAGAUGCCAAGAAAUCCCGGGACUAUGGAAGAAUCAUUAGUGCCCGGCACUUCCAGAGGGUGAUGGGCCUGAUUGAGGGCCAGAAGGUGGCUUAUGGGGGCACCGGGGAUGCGGCCACUCGCUACAUAGCCCCCACCAUCCUCACGGAUGUGGACCCCCAGUCCCCGGUGAUGCAGGAGGAGAUCUUUGGGCCUCUGCUGCCCAUCGUGUGCGUGCGCAGCCUGGAGGAGGCCAUCCAGUUCAUCAACCAGCGUGAGAAGCCCCUGGCCCUCUAUGUGUUCUCCAGCAAUGACAAGGUGAUUAAGAAGAUGAUUGCAGAGACAUCCAGCGGUGGAGUGGCGGCCAACGAUGUCAUCGUCCACAUCACAUUGCACUCUCUGCCCUUCGGGGGUGUGGGGAACAGUGGCAUGGGAUCCUACCACGGCAAGAAAAGCUUCGAGACCUUCUCUCACCGCCGCUCUUGCCUGGUGAGGCCUCUGAUGAAUGAUGAAGCCCUGAAGGUCAGAUACCCCCCGAGCCCGGCCAAGAUGACCUGGCACUGAGGAGGGGUUGCUUCGCCUGGCCUGGCCAUACUGUGUCCCAUCGAGUUCGGACCACCCUCGCUGGCUCUCCUGGCCCUGGGAGAAUCGCUCCUGCAGCCCCAGCCCCGCCCCGCUCCUCUGCUGACCUGCUGACCUGUGCACACCCCACUCCCACAUGGGCCCGGGCCUCACCAUUCCAAGUCCCCACCCCUUUCUAGACCAAUAAAGAGACCAAUACAAUUUUCUAACUCAGCAAA